AUGGUAACUAGGCUAGGAUGUCCGCAAGUUUCGUUUAGGGUCAAACAGCAUGAUUUUGUACAUGAUUUGAUUUGUUUGCCGAUGACCAGUCUUGAUCUUAUCUUGGGGUUGGACUGGUUGUCUAAGAAUCAUGUCUUGUUGAACUGUUUUGAGAAAUCAUUGCACUUCAUGCUAGAAGGAUCUGAAGGGCCGGUAGUAGUGAAUGGUUGUUACUUGAACUAUGUGGUAGUAAAUUGUUCAGGGCAAGAAUGUCAAGGUGUUAUGCUGUUAGCUGCGAGUGUGUCGGGUGAGGAACAAAAUUUGGAGCAAAUCCCAGUUGUUUGCAAAUUUCCUGAAGUGUUUCUGGAUGAUAUUGAGGAAUUCCCUCCUGCCCGAGAGGUUUAA